AAAAGCAACCGAAGAAUUUUUUAAAGAAAAAAUUUCCUAACGCUUCUCAAAAGAGGUCUCAUCAAGUUUUGAACGAUGAACUUAAAGUCUUAGAAAAAAGUUUAAAACCAGGUACAAGGGCGUUUUGGAAAGUGAUAUCUUUAAAACAAAAAUUGAAG